AUGCCGGGGGGCGGAGGGCCAGGAGGAGGUGUCGACAUGGGUGGUGGUCCCGGAGGAGGUAACAGACGGAGGAUGCAGCAACAACCGACGUAUGCGCAAUACCAGCAGUAUCAACAGUAUCAACAGCAGCCCAUGUAUCCAAACUACAUGAACCCCUACGCUCAGCCGACGCCGUACUACCACCAGCUGCCGCAUCAGUACCAGAACGGAGGCAUGCCGUCUGGCUACAUGCACUAUCAGCAACAGCAGCCCUAUGUACGGUCACCACAGGCAAUGCCUCAACCUCAAUAUGUCCCCAUGGCCGGCGUGAGCGUUCCCCAGCCGUAUUCGCAACCGUCGCCUGCUCUGUCAACGCCGUAUCACCCGCCUCCCGUCCCUGCUGCCAACCCUGUUCAGACGCCUCCGCCUCCUCCGCUUCCACACGUUGAACCUACGCCCGAGCCUUCAGUCGUCACACCUUCGGUGGUGUCCUCGGUCGUAUCUUCAUCAGUCGUCACGCCUUUCGCUGAGCCAUUCCACCCGGCCGCGGCGCCCCCAGCCCCUGCCUCUGCCACUGCUCCCGAGAGCCCAGAGCUUCCCAAAGAUGUAAAGGAAUUCCGCGCACCACUCCCUUGGACACCUCCCGACCAAGCACCGUUCCCUAGAAGGGCUCCCAAGUCACGGCGACGCAGAAGAUUGAUGAGCGCGAAUGCUCAGAAUCUGACACUGCCUGUGGAGCAGCACGAGGGCGCUCUCGAGUCGGCCACCAAAAGCGGCGUGGAGGACAGCCUCCGAGCGAAGGCCGAUUCGAAGAAAGCCGCGCCCUGGAGCUCCAAGGACACCGACUCUGAGAGCGCUACCCUGAGAGCAGACUCCCUGACGUCUGAAACUCCUAAGGAGAGUGACAGGUCAGCGACUAGCGUCUCAAACAUUGGUAGCCCGAAGGUGAAUGUGCCGGGAUCUGAGGCCAGACCCACGACAAGCAACUCGAACGCUUCGACGUCCCGCCCUGCCGUUCCUGUCGUCCCAGUCAUCCCAGCUCUCCCAAAGAGCAGUCCCAAAGAGGCUAAGGCAACAAGCGUCAGCCAGGCCGUAGAAGAGCCCAAGCAAGCUGCAUCUCAAGAGGCGAAGCCUGCUGAAGCAACAGAGGGCACGGAAGUUUCUAGUGCGGAGCAAGAGAAGCUCGAGGCUCCUCCGGCAGCUCCCGCCAAGGCGGCCCCGAAGUCAUGGAGCGGACUGUUCUCCGCAGCCGCCGCCGCCGCUGCUCCCAAGGCGCAGCCCACUGCCAACGGCCCUGUUGCUCCGGCGGCGGCCAACGGUGCCACCACAAAUGGCGAUGGUGCUGUCAACGGUAGCGCACCCACCUUCUCUGCAGGAAACACAAACUCCCUAGCAUCUGCCAUCCAAGACUUCCGCGUUAGCAAUGCUGCCAAAGUUCAGUUCAUCGAGCCGAGAGGCCUGAUCAACACCGGCAAUAUGUGCUACAUGAAUUCAGUUUUGCAAGUUCUUCUCUUUUGUGCGCCAUUCUACAACUUCCUGGAUCAGGUCAGCAAGAAGGCUGUACAUAAGUUCAAGAGCGACACGCCCGUCAUAGAUGCCAUGAUUAUGUUUAUGAGGGAGUUCCGGGUCAUCGACUCGACUGAAACGGUCGAGAAACUGCGCCGGAAGCUGAAGAGCGAGCAGCUGGAGCAAUACGGUGAUUCGUUCAUUCCCGAGUUUGUGUACAAGGCCAUCCAGCCUCUCCCGGCGUUUGCUAGCAUGAGGCGUGGACACCAGCAAGAUGCCCAGGAGUUCCUGGGCUUGAUUCUCAACGCCAUCGACGAAGAAUGCGCGCAAGUGAUUUCAUCGAGUGGCUCUACCAACGGGGCCGCUGAAACCCGGCCUACAUCCUCCGCCGCCAGCGUUAUUGAGUCGAACGACGGCGCGGAUGGCUGGUUCGAAGUUGGAUCGAGACAGAGAGCAGUCGAGACUCGCUCAUCCGGAGCCAGCUCGACGACGCCCAUCACUCGUCUAUUUAGUGGACAGUAUCGAUCAGAGCUUCGCCGUCCUGGUGUGAAGGACUCGGUGACUACCGAACCUUUCCAAUCCCUCCAGCUGGAUAUUGGUGCACCGUACAUUCAGAACGUUGUCGACGCGAUCAAGGGUCUGACGGUGCCCGAGAGGCUACAAGGCGAUGCUGCCCCCAUGACGAAGCAGACUCUGAUUGAGACUCUGCCCCCGAUUCUCAUCCUUCACUUGAAGCGCUUCAAGUUCGACACCGAAGGAACGACCAAGAUCGGCAAGAAGGUCGGUUACCCUCUCGACUUGCAGCUCCCCGCGGAAGUUUUGUCAAAGCGACGACGUAACGCUCUUGUCUCCGAGGGUGCUGGCAUGCCCAAGUACAGGCUCAUCGGUGUUGUCUACCACCACGGCAAGCAAGCCAACGGCGGUCAUUACACCGUGGAUGUGCGACGGCAAGACGAAAACGAGUGGAUCCGUCUGGAUGAUACGAUCAUCCGGCGUGUCCGCAGCGAGGACGUGGCCGAAGCCGGUGCGGAGGAGGAUGCCAAGGAUGCCGGUCGAUCGGGCCCUGCGUCGCGUGACGCGUCGACCAACCGGUUCGGUGCCAUGGCAGACGACGACGAGGGUGAUGAUUGGAAGGAGGUCACCACUUCUGCCAAGGGCGGUGAUAAGGGCGGAGAGAAGAAGUGGAGCGCCGUCGCCAACGGCAAUGGCACCGCGUCCAAGGGCAAGCCGGCCAAGGACAACAUCAAGGACAACAAGGUUGCCUACCUGCUAUUCUACCAGCGAGUCUGA